AUGUCACUUGUAGAAAAAAUCGAUGACUCAUUAAGACGGGAGCAAACAGCGCACAGUCGUCUUUGUGGUAGGCCCGCGACAUCCACGAAUAUGCUCCUUCUGUUCCUUGUCCUCGUCCAAUGCUUCUGCCAAUGCUUUUGCGAAUCAUUGGCAUUGUCGUGCGGUGUGUGCCCCAGAGGAACGAUGUGCGAUUCGAACACAGGGAUUUGUCGUCCAUUCCGAAUCAUCGACAACGUUGAUGCUCAAAUUCCAUGUGGCACUUGUACUAUGGGAACAAUGUGUGACAGCAAUACUGGUAUCUGCCGACCCUUCCGCAUUCCUGGUACUACGCCUAGUCCUAAUCUCUGCAACGAAGUUGUAUGUCCUGUUGGUUACCAGUGUGAUGAUAACAACGGUAUCUGUAGAAAGUUCAGAGAAGGAAGACGAAAAUGAGCUGUGAAAGGAAUACUGCGAAUGCUAUACGGCAAACUAAUUUUUGAUUUGCUUCUCCAAUUCCAUUUUUUGUUUACUGUUAUAGACAGCUUUUGGUACCGUUGUAUUGUGUCUAUUGAUCUACAUCUAUUGUUCACGUAAAAACUUUGUAAUGGCGUUUACAGUUAAAUGCUGUUUGCUGGUGGUUAUGGUACUUCUCAAACUGCAAAAUUUCUCUUUUGUGAUCUGUGC